AUGCAUGUUAUUUGUGGUGGUGAGGUUUCAAAUCUUUCUUCUUCCUCUUUUUGGUGGCGAGACUUGUUAAAGGUCGGUUUUCUCACACCUUUUGAAAAAGACCCUUUUGUUUCAAAUUGUCUUUUUUAUGUUGGAAAUGGUUUUUCUACACCAUUUUGGGAAGCUUGUUGGUUAAAUAAUGUUUGUUUGAUGGAGGCUUUUCCGGAGCUUUAUAGGGUGUCUUCGUUGAAGAAAGUGUCCGUAGCGGCGAUGGGCGGUUGGUGUGAGGGGGUGUGGAAGUGGGGAAAUCUAGGAAUACCGGAGGGAGCAGCGUUGGAAGCGGGUUUAUUUGUCAAGCUUUUAGAAUUACGUGCUCUUUUGGAGUCACACGGUGGUUUACAUGACGAGAAGGAUACCGUUGCUUGGCUUCUUAAUUCGGUUAAAGGGUUUUCGGUAGCUUCGUGUUACCACCGGUAUACUAUUUUACGCACUCCUUUUGGUCCUCAUAAUAGGAAUGAUGUGGUUUUGGAAAAAGUGUGGAAGAUGGAGGUCCCUUUCAAGAUCAAAGCUUUUGCUUGGAGGCUUUUUGUGAAUAGACUUCCCACUAAGGACCUUUUAAUGCAAUUGGAAAAUAGAGACCAUUUAUUCUUCAAUUGCGAUGUUAGUAAGGUUGUUUGGAAUGAAAUUGCUUUGUGGGUGGAUUUACCGGGUUGGAACGGCGAAGAUUGUAUUCCGUUUUUUAUGGAAUGGUUUUCCAUGGGCCAUGUAAAAAAUAUCAAAGGUGGCAAAUUGGGGGUGUUGUGGCUUGCUACUUGUUGGAUCAUAUGGUUGACAAGGAAUGACUUUUGCUUUAGGAAUGACUCUUGGAAUAUUAACAAUAUUGUGUGGAAUAUCAAAAUUUUGGUUUGGAGGUGGUCGGCGUACGGCAAUAUUGCUUAUCCCAAUUGUAGCUUUUACGAUUUUAGCAAAGACCCUUUGUCUUUUAUGUCGUAA